UAGAUGUUGAGCAUGCGUCCUGUGUAUGCGGGAUGGCAGAUGUGAAAAAAGAUGCGUGGGGUUCGAUGUUGUAGUUCCACAACCUGUUCGUUGGUGCAGGCCCAUGAUAUCGGCAAACGCUUCCUACAUGAAAGUAAAUGCGAAAAACUGCAGGAACAAAAAGUUUCCAAAAUAAGUUUGAGGUUCGGUGAGAGACAACUAUGUUAGAGGUUCAUUUUGUCGGUGCAAUGAGGACUGAAGCCAUGAUAUUUAUAAAAGUGUUUGCAUAUUAGGUAUUUCAAAAAAAUCAAAUGUGGAGCAUGUCGUGGCGGAAGUAUCUCUUCUUCCUAUGUUUGGUCUGCCCGACAUUUAGCGGAGCACGAUCUGACAUUCGCGGAGUCGCGAGUUUGGGUGUCACAGAAUUGGCGAGCACAGACGCAACUAGGUUUGAUCCAAGUGAUACUUAUGAAAACCAAGAUGAAGACUCGCAUAACUCUGAAGCGUUUAAUUUUGCGAAGGACGUGAUAAUUUGUUCUUACUCGCUCCUAUCACUACAUUUUUCUAUGUAUUUACUUACUACAUCUUGUUCCUCUCUAAAAUCCAAUCACUACAUUUUUCUAUGUACUUACUACAUCUUCCUCUCUAAAAUUGAUGCAAACCCGAAUGCAUGUCCGGCAUCUUGUUCCUCUCUAAAAUUGAUGCAAACCCGAAUGCAUGUCCGAGCACGGCAUCUGUUCUGAUGGCGUUUGUUAUUGCAUGACACCCUGGGGCGGGUCGAAGUGUGAGGAAAAAAUCGAUACGCGCCUGAGGCUGGGAACCUUUGUGACGUGCGGAAUUUUGCUGUUCAUGCUCAUGCUCGGGACGCUGAUUGGCGUACUUUUUUCUGAAGUUUGUCUUGCCUGCAUGACGAUCUUACAGAUUUACUUCAUGUGAAAAAGUACUUAGAUCAAUGAGCAUGGAGCUGUCGUGAAGGUACUAUCGUCUUGAACAAUUUUUAUAGUACCGCAUGACCAGGAUAGUAUUGCGCAUUACAAAAUCUCAGGCUUUUCUUGGCAGUUCUGUCGGGAGUGGGACGCCAGGUAUUGCUGCAAAGACGGAAGUAUCCAAGAGGCGCGAAACAUGGUUCGUGGCGAAGUAAUGAUCGCGCAGCGUUAAUUUCGCGAACGCAUAGGUACAUAAUCGCGGAGACUUGGCGCUACGGAAGUUUUGCAGCGGCGGCAUCGUAUUCGAGGAUACAUACAACCGGUAAGAACGCAGGGUAUUACUUACUUAGGUUGAUAGGGGUCGACAAAUCCAAAUGCUGCUGGACGACAGCCUUAAUCACCUGUGAGAGUGGCACAUCACUACGGCGGGACCGGAGUGUAGCUCUAUAUCUGUUUGGGCGAGGCGUGACGACAGCUACUGCAAAGGAAAGUUUUUUCGAUAUAAGCGCUUCAGAAUCUGAACAGAAUCGAAAUGCGACUGGUGAUCCAUCAUUUUUUUCACUUUCGACCGUCACUUCCGGCAGGAUGAUACACGAUCAACUAGCAUUUGAAUGAACUUUUCGAUUGGAAAAAAGGAUUGUACAACAACGUAGAUAGAAUAUUGUUGUUGGUCCCUUGCUGUUGCAACAAAGAACACGAAAAAAAUAGAACAUAUUCAAAGAUGAUGCGCUGGUCGAGGAGGGGGAUGUGACUGUGGACGCUAGACCAGCUAAGGUGUGAAAGGAAAUGAAUGCACACAAACAACGAUGGCGACAAACGCUGAGGCUUUGGUUUCCCUAUGUAAAGGGACAAUAGUGUUAAGAUUCGAAAUAACGUUCUCAGAUGCUAGCUGGGGAGAAUCCGGUGGUAGUUGUGAAUUUUAUGACCCGAGACCGACUCGGCUACCAGUGCAGUGCCAGC